AUGGUCGCAUAUAGUUUCCUUGAUGCUCUUAGAUCUUUAUCAUGGAACAACAUCCAAACUAUGAUAAAGAACUUCAAUCCAACUGAAGCAUAUAAUUUGCUGAUGAAAAUACCAUAUACUCCAAUUUUACUUUACAUCCAGACAACAUGGUGCUGCUUUUCAUUAAGAUUUAGCAGAAGAACCAAAAAUUACGGCUUCUUUAAUUCAGUUUUCAUGGUGAUUCUUUCAUUUAUUUUGACAUUUGGAAGCAGAUCUGUUGUUGCUUAUUUGUUACACCGUCCAUUCCCAUUCUUAGAGAACCGUGAUCAGUUAACACCAUUCUUUAUUGUCGCUGGUUUAAUGUUUUUCCUUAAAUUUGACAUUGUUUAUCGUCUUUCCUUCGUUGUUUAUCUUUUCCUUAUUCCUAUACAGUGCUUCAACCAAAUUAAGCUCUUGACAAUCUGCACACGCCAUCGUUUCCCAUUACCUUUGACUAUUGUACUUGUAAAUAUGGAAGUCAUUAUAAUGGUACUUUUAUCAUUAGUUCGUUACACACAAAGACUCUUCUACGCUUCCGAAUUUACUUUGAUUCUUAAUUCCGCUUUAAUUUACGCACAAAGUUAUUAUCUCUUCAAGCGAUACUCCAAUGCGAAGAAGACACUUAUGAUGUUGGCUAUUAUGGGUUUAACUUCUUAUUUCGCCGCUGUCAUUGAUUUGUUCAAGUCAAUGAAAGAAUUAUCAACUGAUUACGACCAAAUUUUGAAGCAACAGCAGGAAUUACUUCAACAACAGAAGGAAUUACUUAAACAGAAGAAGGCAACGCCAAAGGUUACAGAAGAACCAAUUCAAUACGAAUAA